AUGGCUGCGGUGGGGCCGAGGUCCGGCCCUAGUGCCGGCGCGGAGGCUCUGGCCCUGGCGGCCGAGCUGCACGGGGAAGCGACGUGCUCCAUCUGCCUGGAGCUCUUCCAGGACCCCGUGUCCAUCGAGUGCGGCCACAGCUUCUGUCGCUCCUGCAUCGCCCGCUGCUGGGAGCGCCCGGGGAUCCCGGUGUCGCCUGCCCCCCGCGCCCUGCCCUGCCCUCAGUGCCGGGAACCCGCCCGGCCCAGCCAGCUCCGCCCCAAUCGCCAGCUGGCCGGGGUGGCCAGCCUGCUCCGCCGCUACAGCCUCUCCCCAUCCGGGGACGGGGACGGGGAGGGCGCGGGGAGCCUGGUGUCCGGCUGCGUCCAGCACGGGGAGCCUCUGAAGCUCUACUGUCAGGAUGACGGGCGGGCCAUCUGCGUGGUGUGCGACCGCGCCCGGGAGCACCGCGCCCACGCCGUGCUGCCGCUGGACGAGGCGGUGCAGGAGGCCAAGGAGAUGUUGGAGUCCCGGCUAGGUGCCCUGAAGAAGGAAUUGGAGGAGUUUGAAGAUUUUAAGUCCAUGGAGGAGAAGGAGAGUCGGGAGCUGCUGAAGCAAGUGACUGUGGAGCGGGAGAAAGUGGGGGCUGAGUUCCAAGCACUGAGGGCCUUCCUGAUGGAGCAGGAAAGCAGGUUGGUGGGGCGUCUGGAAGAGCUGGCCAGGGAGGUGACUCAAAGGCAAACUGAGAACCUGAACCAGCUUGGCAGUGAGAUCUCCCUGCUGUCCAAACUCACCACUGAGAUGGAAGAGACAUCCCACAAACCUGACCUGGACUUCCUGCAGGAGUUCAAGAACACGUUAGGCAGGUGUGACAAUGUGCCUGGCCCCAAACCAGCCUCAGUCUCUUCUGAAAUGAAGAGUAAAGUUUGGAAUAUUUCACUCAAGACCUUUGUUUUGAAGGGACUGCUAAAGAAGUUCAAAGAGGAUCUUCGGGGAGAACUGGAAAAAGAGGAGAAAGAUAGAUCCCUGUACCAGGCACAUUGGGGGGGAGAGACAGAAGAAAGGAAGAAACAUGGUCCCUGCCCUUGGAGAGCUCCUGUGGAAUUGACAUUGGAUCCUGACACAGCCAACCCCCGCCUCAUCCUCUCCCUGGAUCUCAAGAGUGUCCGCCUGGGCCCACGACCCCAAGAUCUGCCUCCUAAUCCCCGACGCUUUGACACGAAUACUCGAGUGUUGGCCUCGCGUGGAUUUUCUUCUGGCCGUCACCACUGGGAGGUGGAAGUGGGCUCGGCUGAUGGCUGGGCCUUCGGAGUGGCCCGGGAGAGUGUCCGGCGUAAGGGCCUCACCCCCUUCACUCCCGAAGAGGGCGUCUGGGCCCUUCAGCUCAACGGUGGGCAGUACUGGGCCGUGACAUCUCCUGAGCGCACCUCACUGAGCCCCGGGGGGCGGCUGGCCCGGGUCCGGGUCGCUCUGGAUUUAGAGGCUGGUGCAGUGUCUUUCUAUGCCGCUGAGGACAUGCGGCACAUCUACACCUUCCGAGUAGCCUUCCGAGAGCGAGUCUUUCCUCUCUUCUCUGUCUGCUCUACUGGGACAUACUUGCGGAUCUGGCCAUGAGAUGGGGUCAGAGAUGAUGGGCCGCUAAGAGGAUGGGGCUGAUUCAGGCCUCUGGGGUACUGGGAGCUGCAGGAUGUUGAUCCUGCAUAGGUCUUUCCCCCUAACCCUGGCUUUCCACCUGGCCAGACCUAACUUUGUUUUAUCUGAGAGAUGGGAUACAAGCAACAAGUUAAUGUUGUAUGUAUAGGCCUCUCCCAAAUCCUGGCUUCUUGUUUGCCAUGUGCUGGCUUUAUCCCUUCUCCAGCCUCUUGCUGGGGCUUAUUACAAGGAAAGCAGCCAGAUUAUCUCCUACAGAUUGUCACCCUUUCCCCUCCUCGUUCUGGGCUACCUUUUCACCAAAACUUAUCUGUGGACUUAACCUUGAGGCCUGUGAAUUCUAGGGACUUUGGCCAACCCUCCCUUUGAUGUUUUUUCGGCAGGUGGCAACAACUGUGGCCAAGUAGCAAGUUUAGGCUGUCCAUAUCUGCCUGGCUCCUUGUUCCUGGUCUCACUUCAGCUCUAGAUCUUAAAACUGCUCAGUGUCUCCUUUCUCUGGCUGUUGAUACUGGCUUUUGCCUCAGCUUUCUUCUGCAUCUUCAUUUUCCCCAGGACUUUAGGAGGUGUUGGGCAGAGGUGGUAAGAAGUGGAAGGGGGACUAGCAAAAUUCCCCUUUCCUCGGGGGCCGGUUUCUCCAGCUCUCUGUGGGUUCCUGCUUACUUGAAUCUCAGUCCCGAGCUAUCCCAGCUGAGGAGGAAGGCAGCUCUGGGGCUGGGGCAGGAGAUUUUAUUUUCUCUGCUUUGCACUUUUGUCAGGCUGUAGCCAAGAGGAUCAGAAGUGGACUCAAAGCUGAGUGGACUUGGCUGCGCGUCUUUGGACUCGUCAGUUUUCCUGGCUACAGCUGAUGUCUGGAAUCAGGAAAGAGUUCUGUUUCCAAGAUGUCAGUCUGCCCAGACUAGAAUUAGACCAUUGCCCAUGUGUGUGACCAUGUAGCCGCUCAAGGGAAUAAAUGCCAGCACACUUUUGGGAAUUCACACUCACACUGCCCUAUAACCUUCCUUCCCCUCCCCCACCCCGACCAUAUAAAGACUAUAAAGGUAGACCUUACCCCUAAAUACACAGGCAAAUCCACACUUAGACCUUCAUAACCAGUCACAUUAGCGUACAAACCCACAGGCACCAAUGCACUCAUAACAACCGAUAUUCAGGUACUUCCUGCCACAAAUAUAUAUUCCCACUGUUUUACCAAAUGAUGUAAAUACACUUGCAACACCUUUCCAAGAAGCACACCUAGAGAGUAUGUCAUACACACAUAGAUGUACUGUCUAGAUCUUGAAUCACUGGGUUCUAGGUUCUCCUUCAUGAUUUCCAUGGCCUCUUUGCCAGGACGGUGCCUCAGUUUCCCUAAUUGGUGAUACUUCCUGCUCUUGGCGACCCGUGCUGCAGAGACAGGGGAGCAGAACAAGAAGGGAGGAGGAGUGGCUUUCCGUGAUCAGCUUUCCUUUGGAGGGUCAGAAAUACAGAAUAUGAGUUCACAUUGUUACUUGGUUUCUUGGCGGGGUGAGGUGGGUGGGAAGGGGACUGUGUCAUUCAGAGGUGUCUGUGAGUCCGUGUGUGAUUGUAUCUAUGGAUCAUUUUUCUAUUCUGAGUGGUGAGUCUGUGUGUGGACCUGUCCAUUACUUAGUGGAUCUGGAUACUGGUGUAUGUGGGUGUGUGAAGGGAGUACACAUUUGUUGUAGUCUCCCAUUAUGUGAAUGUGGGUGUACUUGUGUGUAUUUGUGCUGUAAGUACCAAUAUGAGCUCGCCCCUUUGGGGCUAUGUGUUAAUGGAGGAGGGUUUUUGAAUGUUCCGUUGAGGUGUCUGAGUUCUUGAUUGUGCAUAUAGAUAAUGUUUGCAUGUGAGUAUGAUAUCAUUCAGUGAAUGUAUGUCUCUGUAGCAGGAGUGAAUACUUAUUUGACUAGUAGCUGCUCUGGGUAGGGAGAAAGGAAAAGUUUGGCAUAGACUCUAGACCCUAGAGCAGGAGUUCUCAACUUAGGAUAUGUGAACUUGUGUUUUAAAAAAAAUUUUUUUUGGUUAACUAUUUCAAUAUAAUGGUUUCCUUCGUCACCCUAUUUUAUCUUUUUGAUUGACAACAUUAUUCUGAGAAGGGGUCUUUCCAUAGGUAUCCCCAGACUGUCAAGAGAAGCCCAUGACACAAAAAAGUUAAGAACCCUUGACCCAGAGGAAGGCUAUAUGCAAAAUAGUUACUUGUGAUGUCAUCAGUCUUCUGUCUGAUUCUGUGAGUGGCUCUCUCUGCUCUCCCAUUCUCAGGACUUGAGGUUCCUUCCCUCACUCUCCAUGCUCAAAUGAUGGACCCUAUUAAGUGGCAGAGGUGAGUUGGGUAGUUGUGGGAAUAGGAGGGUCUGUCCCAUUUCCCGGGGCAGGGCAACACCACCUGUGAAGGCAGCAGUAGAGUAGAGCUCUGAGAAACCAGGCUUGAGGUAAGGCCAGCUACUCACACUGACUUGGAAACUCCCAGUCUUCAUCCUCCCCCAGAAUCCAGGAAUCCUGCCAUUGAGCUGAUAGUAGUCGCCUUAACUUAAAGGCAUUUUCUUCUUCCCUUCCUUCUGGACAUAGACAUCUGUCCAAAAGCUCCUUUGUCCCUUUAGGGAUCCAUGUGUCUCAAUCUUUCAGUUUCUGGGAACUGGAGCUAACUCUGAUUUGCAUACAGAGUGGUAAGAGGUCCACAGUGCCCAACACAGUAUCUUGCAGGUAGAUGCCCAUACAGACAUUUACUGAAAAGUGAAUUUCCACAUGUAUAAUAACCAGAAUUUCUUUGUCACUUAAAGGUUAGCAAAGUGCUAUACAAAUAAAUAUUAUCUCAUUUGAUCUCAGCAACCCUGGGAGGUAGUGGCUAUUAUUAUCUCCAUUGUAUAGAUGAUGAAAUUGAGGAAUGAGGUUAAAUGAGUUGUCUGAGGUAGGAUUUCAACUCCUGUGUCUUGUGUCCAGGUGCAGGCUACUUAACUGCAACAUUGGAUCGCUAAGAAUUGACUACUUUGAAUGUAGUGGAGAGAUCACUAGAUUUAUAGUUAGAGGACCUGAGUCCAGAUCCCAGCUCUUUCACUUGCUAUGCAUGAAUCAACAAUCACUGGUAGGCAUUGGGAAUGCAGAUAGAAAAUUAAAAAUCUCCAAUGAGCCUUUAUUCUAUUGAGGGAGGCAACAAGUACAUUACAUAAGUAAGAUGAUACAAAAUAAAUACAAGGCAAUUUUUUGGAACAGGCACAAGCAUCUAGGGAGAUCAGGCAAGGCUGUUCACAUAGAGCUGAGCUCUUGAAAGAAAUGGCUGCUGUCAUGCGGAAGUGCAUUCUAGGCACAGGGAGACAGCCUAUGCAAAGGCACUGAGGUGGGAGAUUGUGAGGAGCGGCUUGACUCUAUGUGUGAAGGGGGAAAAUGUAAUAAGACCGGAAAGGGAGGUUGGAGUCAGAUUCUGAAGGGUUUUAAAUGCCAAAUAGGAGUUUGUGUUCCAUCCCAGAGGUAUCAGGAUACUCUUGGAGUUUUACUGCGUCACCUGUGUGACCUGGGGAAGAUAAUUUCACUCUCUGGGCCUCAUUUAUCUGUAGAAUGAGGGGUUUGCCCUAACCUAAAUGAUCUCCAAUCUCCAUCACCUUCACUGCUCUAAAUCUGUGUUCAUAUGAUUCUAAUUAGGGAGGUAAUCUGGAGGAGAUAAAGUGUUAGGAAACCUGAAUAAACGUGGUGAAAUGUUUUGUCAUUCUUUGGUGAUAGGGUAUUUCAGCCAACAGAUAUAACCUAGCAAAAAGCCCAGAGGCAAGAAAAGCAUAUUUAAUAAAAGGACUAUUGACUCAAUUUAUCUAAGAGGAGGAGAGGUUCUAAGAGAUUAAGAAAGUCAAGUAAUUUGUAGAGAGCCCAGUGAAAGUUUUAAGACCAGAUUUUGGUAAACACCCAAGGAGGGGGAUGGUAUCGUCAGAACAGUAAUAAGGGAAGAAAACUUAGUAAUAAUGGAGGUCAACUGGAAAGAGAGGAUGAAACAAAGAGGGGUAGUCUGGUUAAGGAAAUACCAGUAUAUUAUGUGAAAAAUGACUAGAUUAAGGUUGUGGUUGAAAGGUGAAACGUAAGAUUUUAGAGUUAUUUAUGCCCUUAUCGUCUGUCUUAGGGUAUUGCAAUCCUGAUUACAAACCUAAUCCAACCUUAAUACAGCUGCUAAAUUGAUAUUCUUGAAAAAAUUAAAAAUUAGUCAAAUCUACCAAGAUAUCCUUGAUAUGUGCAUAGAUUCAAUUACAAAAUACUCCUUAUAGGAAUAAAGAGCUACUUAAAUACUGGAAGAAUACACAGUACACAUAGUUGAGCUGGACCAGUAUAAAAAUUCAAACAGAACCAAAGUUAAUAUACAGAUUUAAUGUUAUGCCAAAGUACCAAUUGAGAUAUUUUUCAGGGAUAGAUAACAUAAUCCAUUUGGAAGAACAAAAUAUCUGCAUCAUCAAAAAAAUUGAUGAAAAAAAGGUAGGAAUGAACAUAAAACAGCUUUGUCAUGCCUUUAAACAUAGCACAGAGCAACAGUCAUCAUUAAAACCAUUAAAACUAGUUUAAAAAAUGGAAAAGUCAGCAGAACAUAUUAAACAAGGAAGAGGCAAAAACAUUAAACCCAAUGUUCAGUAAACCUAAAAACAGAAAUUACUUAGGAAAGACCUUGUUUGAUAUGAACACCUAGGAAAAAUGGCAAGUAGUCUCAUAGAAAUUAGGUUUAAAUGAACGUAUCAUUUUCUAUAAUAAAUUCAAAGUGGAUAUGUGAUCUGAAUAUUAAAGAUCAUACCAUAAAAAAUAGAAGAAAUAGAUCAUAUACUUUUCAGUUUUGGGUAAGGAAUAAAUGAUUAAGCAACUGAGGGAUAAAAGAAUUUUGAUUACAUGAAAUUGAAAAACUUUUGCACCAACUAGGAUAAGAGAAGUAAUCUUUGUCUCAAAUAUCUCCGACAAGGGUUUCUUGUUUAAGAUAUGUGGACUAACAGAACUACGAAUUAACAGAAAUAAAGGCCCCAAACUAUUUUCUAAUUAAGAAUUGCAAACUAUUAACAACCAUAUGGAAGGAUGCUCUAAAAUACUAAUAGGAGAAAUACAAAUUUAAACACUCUGAAAAUAGCAAAGAUUAUAAAUGAUGGAAAUAAUGUUGGAGAAGUGAGAACAUGAAUCUUAAUGCGUUAUUGGUGGAGCUGUGGAUUGGUACAACCCGUUCUGGAAAUGUCUAUACCCUUUGGUCCAGAAAUUCCACUGCUAGGCAUAUACUCCAGAGAGGUCAUUGAGAAAAAGAUUCCACAUAUGCUAAAAUAUUUAAAAGCCGCUCUUUUGGUCACAAAGAACUGAAAACAAAAGUAGAUGCCCAUCUGUUGUGGAAUGGCUAAACAAAUUGUGAUACCUGAAUGUAAUGGAAUAUUAAUGUGCUGUAAGAUACAAUGAACAUGGUGAAUACAGAGAAGCAUAUGAAGACAUUGAUUCAAAGAUGAAUUGGUUGACUUGGGUGUUUAGGAGGAUGGACUCUAGUCAAAAAAGUCACCAUUUUGUGCUGGCCGUAUAUAAAAAGAGAGUAUAUAGACCUGCUUAGGACCUUUUAGGCUUUUUACAACUUUUCCCUUUCAACUUCUGGAAUGCUGCCAGAUAGGAGAGAGGAGGAAUUUCUCAUUCUUUCCUCUCCUCCCCACCUUCUCCUGGCAGUUAAAGGCCUCCUUAGGGCAGAAGCCCAAUGUGUUUAUCCAAGUUAGCCUGGAAAGAAAGAGUUCCUUUUUUUUCCCCGUUCUGAGUAUAAGUCCAAGACUCGAGAGUAAAUGUCCCAGACCAAGAGAUGACAACAGUCAUGCUACCAGGUUGAGUAUUCUGGACAAGUAUAUAAGCCUACACAUAAGCCAUACACAUGGCCACAGAAGAGUAUGUCCAUGGACAACAUCAUUCCUGAGCUACAUCCUAAUUAGAGGAGGGAAGAUUUCUAGGCAGCAUGUAGCUAGAAUGUUGCCUCCUAGCCAGAGAAGGAAGGAAGGUUUCUUGGGUAUUACUAGCCUUGAAGAGGGGUAGGCAUUAAAAAACCAAAACCAAAACAAAACAAAACAAAACACCUUCCUGUCCUCCAGGAGCUAUAAUCUAUGGGGGGAGAGGGAGAGAAGAUAUGGUUGAUGUGUUAGUUGGUUUAGCUGAACUGUUAUUUUUUUAAGUCUGUUAUAAGGGAUGAUAAGAUGGGUAGAGGAAAGUAUUAGGUCAAAACAAUAUAUAUCAAUAAUUUUUUAAAAAGUUGAUUUUUACUGAUCUUUUAUUUUUGCCUUACAAAGAUUUCCCUGUAUCCAUCUCCUCCCAGAGAGCCAUCAUUUAUGACAGAGAUUUUUUUUUAAAGAAAAGAGAAAGAAUAAGAAAAAUUCAACACAACUGAUCAACAAAUGAAAGAAAAAUGAUUAAAUGCUGUGUUCCACACUGUGUAUAUUUUUUGUCACAGUGUCUGACAUAGUAGUGACAUGCUUUAUAAGUGCUUGUUGAAUGAAAUUUACUUGAAAAGUUGUGACCUGCUCUUGCUCAUGACCAGUAGUUACAAGACUUGUACUCAGGUUUUCCUGUCUCCAAGGUUGACUCUCUAUCCACAGCAAGAGAUAAAACAUGUGUAAGGGACUCAUAGCUCAGCUGAUUCUAGAGCUAGAAGGCCCAGAAUAUAAUUACAUGGUGAUAAUGAGGAGUAAACUGAAAGUAAAGGGGCUUUUAUAACUCAAUCCCUUUAUGAGAUAUGAAAUCUUUCUGAUUGCGUCAAGAAAUGAGUAAGGAUUGACAGAUAAAUUAUCCAUGCACCAUUGUAUCUUGAAUGAAUUUCAGAAUUGGAGAACUGGAAGCAGUUGUGGUUGAGAUCUUUAGGGGGAGUAUUCCAUACUCUCUAUCCAACAUGUUAACUUUGAAUCAGAACUAGUUUUAUCAGUAGAGAAAGAGUACAUCCAGCCAGGAGCAGAGACCCACAUUCCAUAUAGAUUCAGAGAAAGACUCAAGACAUUCAGAUAGCCAGACUCAAGAAGAGGAUACUCCCAGAGUCCAAUUGAGCAGCCAGCCCAGCAGAGACUGUGCACCCAAGGAGCAACUUUGAAAGGUUUGCAUAAGGAGAGAAAAGGCUACUAGGCCUGAAACAACAAGACUUGGGAGGUGCCUUUUGCCAUUGCUAUGUCCUACACUGGUGCCUCGCUAUCAUUAUACCUUAGGUCUUUGCCCAUUUUCCUCACUGAUGUUGUGUGUAUUUGUGGGGGAGUUCUCCCCAGUUUUAUGUGAGGAAUGUUUUACAACAAUUGUUCUUGAUAUGUACCAUCUUAAUAAAGGCCUUUACUAAGAGCAAA